UGCUUACAUUCUACACUUGACUUCCUUAUUAACUCCACAAUUAGAAGUAAUAGCCGCGUGGUGUCGCACAAUCUGUAAAUGUCGUCGACGUCGAUUUAUUAGGCCGUCAGCGCCCGGCUGUUCUUCCGUCCGUGUCCGCGUCGACCGCUGCGCUUCGUCGAGCGAUAGCAGCGGCGAGUACGCAUCGACGCCGAAAUCUGCUGAAGAGCACGUCUCCACUCCACCAGCAAUCACGGCGCUGAGCGGUCCGCCAGGCACGAUGCAGACGCGCGUCAACAUCGACGAACCCCGCUGGGACCAGAGUACAUAUUGGGGCCGGGCGCGGCACUUUUUCACGGUGACCAACCCGCUCAAUCUGUUGUGCACGGGCCGCGAGCUCGAGGAGUCGCGCGAGAUCGUCACGCGCUACCGCAAGGGCGAGAUGCUGCCGGGAUUGACGGAAGAGAAACUGUGGCACGCUAAACACCUGUACGACUCUGCGUUCCAUCCGGACACCGGCGAGAAGGUGACGCUGAUUGGCCGCAUGUCGGCCCAGGUGCCCAUGAACAUGACGAUCACGGGCUGCAUGCUCACCUUCUACAAGACCACACCGCAGGUGAUCUUCUGGCAGUGGGUCAACCAGUCGUUCAACGCGGUUGUCAACUACUCGAACCGCAGCGGAGAUUCUCCCAUACCCUUGUCGACGCUGGGUCUCUCGUACGUAUUAGCGACCAGUGGUGCGUUGGGUACCGCGCUGGGUCUGAACAGUCUCGUCAAGUCGCUCCCGCCGCUCGUUGGUCGGUUCGUGCCGUUCUGUGCCGUGGCGGCGGCCAAUUGCGUCAACAUCCCCAUGAUGCGGAUGCGCGAGAUCAAUCACGGAAUUCCCGUAGUCGACGACAACGGCAACCGCCUCGGCGAGUCCAAGGUGGCCGCAAAGUGGGCCAUCGCUAUGGUCGUCCUCUCCAGGGUGGGCAUGGCCGCUCCCGGCAUGGUAGUUCCACCGAUCGUGAUGAACACGCUCGAGAGGAAAGGCGUGCUCCAGCGCUACCCGUGGAUCAGCGCGCCGUUGCAAGUGGGCCUGUGCGGCCUAAUGUUGGUGUUCGCGACACCCCUGUGUUGUGCCAUCUUUCCGCAGAAGAGCUAUAUUGAAGUGAGCCACCUGGAACCGGAGUUGCAGGAGGUCAUCAAAAAGCUACCCAGUCCGCCUACGAGGGUAUACUAUAACAAGGGGCUCUGAGAUGCAUCUCGUAAGAGCGCUUUUCUGCAAUUACGUGUAAGAAAAUAUGGUGCGUGCAUUGUGUGUUGAGUAGACUUUUUUUUUUUUUAUAGCAAGUUCCAAAUUGUGAGUAGAGUCUGAUGCAGAAUUGGUCUGCUUUCCUUCGAUGUGUGACUUCGGGCAUCCCACUUUUACAUGGCUCGUGGGGGAGGAUGUUCAUCUGCUAAAUGACAUAUGAAAGCAUGAAUAGCAUGCAAUGGCACCACAUUGAGGAAAAGCAGCAAAUAAUGAUGGCAUAUGAGAUGCAGUUGAUAGUGUCUUUCAGAAAGUGUUGAGGGACGUUGCUUAGCUGCUGUUACUGAAAAGCAUCUGUUGGAUUUUGUGUGAUUUAGUGGAGUGACCUACAAUAUGCCAUGAAAAUGCUUUGCAAGCUCACACAAAAAGUACUUGCAUGUAUUCUGUAUGGUUAGCUCAAGUAUCUGAGCGCCAUGAUUUGUAUCCCCGCCAACACAUUUGUAGCACCUAUAAAACAGCUAUAGUAUGCUAAACAUAGUGCAUAAAAUGUGAUACCUGUAGGCUUUAGAUUAAACAUGUCAAGCACCACAUUUUCUUACAUGUAUUGGAGUAAAUAUAACCUUCUCCUUCCAUGCUGCCAACUAGCAGUUUAUUUUACUGUCAAAGAUUUAUUUUUUUUGCAACUUUUCUGGGCUGUUGUACCAUGUGGGCUUUGAUGCAUGGUUGCACUUCGCUCACAAAACAAUAUAUUUUUUUCUUCCACGCAACUAUUCCAGGCACACUCACCUGUGCUCUACAUACAAUGCCACGUGAUCCCAAUGAGAGAUGAGAGGAGCGAAAUAAUUCUGUUAUUGUUUCAUGAAUAAUUAUCUUUUAGACGUCAAGUGGUCACUUGCACCUUCCUAUUUGGCACAUUGAUGUGGCCCGCAAUAAAUGUUCUGUGUUCCUACUUAUACAGUGCUGUGGAGCUGUGCUAUUUCGUCAGAGUGUGCAAUAUUGACAGAGGAGCAUGUUUAAGAUUGGUCACAAAUGCUACGGGCACCCUUUAGGGGUGUGUGAAUAGUAGUUUUUCAGACUGAAUCACAUAGUGUUGUAAGGAAAUUGAAUACAAAUCGAAUAGCACCAGAAGCUAAUCCAAUCAAAUAUUGAAUAUUUUUUUAUUAAUGAACAGCCUUCUCAUCAUUAAUAUCAAACAAUUUUCCCAAAUUGGUAUUCACAACAUUAGAAAGUUUUUGUCAUUUCACUGCACAUUACAAGCCUGCUUUAUUAACCCUUUAUUGACGAGUGUUACCAGUCAGUCAGUCAAGAACAUUAUUGAAGUCCUGAGGAGUUUUAAGCCGUUGGAGAUCCCACACGGGGAACUCCUCCGGCCGAAACCGUAGGCGACACCCAAGGCGGGACGGGAACGUGGUGACGCUCCGCCAGGUUUCUGGCAACAUACCAGAAAAAAAAUUUUUUCUUGCCGAGUUUCACUAUUGAGUGCGAAGUUUCUGGUUAAAUGUUUUCGGCAAACACUGCAUGACAGGCAGCAAGCCUCAUUUGUUGGUUUAGAGCAGCAACAUUGGACGAGGAAGUAGUAGUUUGGCACGAGACUCACUGUCUUUUGAGAGCAAGGUCAGAGGAGACAGGCCGAUGCACGAUAUCCCGCUGCAGUGGUGUCACGCAUGUGAUGUAAAGCAAAUGAAAUGUACAUCUAUGGUUCACAUAUGAUAAGAGCUGUCUAUACAAAUUGAAAAUGAAGCCUUAGGUGGCUUGGGGUGAAGCCCACUUCCAGUUUCCUGCCUGGGGUUUUCGCCCUAUAGCUGAAAAAAAAAAUUCUGCAAAAUAUUUUUUGUUUUGUUGAUUGUGCUCAUUCUUUAUGUGCUUUUUCCAUUUAAAUAAAAAUUUAACAUUUUUCUGGGUAUUUAUAUGCCUUGUCCAAGGGUUGAAAGCACUAAGGGAGCACAAGGAACAACUAAGCAGGUUGGUAAACUUGGGGCUCUUCAGAGCACACGUUGUCAUGCAUUAUCAUAUAAAGCUUACAGAGGCAGCCUUAUUGUCCUUUUUAAUAUCUGUGUAUAAUUUCGUGACCAAAUCAGAAACGCGUGCCAAACAGCACCCAAUGCCGAAUGCUGUGCCUAAACAUUUUAUUGCGAAUGAUCGUGUUUAGCCGGAAAAGUCUGGCUGUCCGAGCGACGCAACCUGCUCUAGUACAUUAUGUCCACUGAGGAUGGGAUGAAAGUUAUUGCAUUUUUGGUUAAAUUUCAUGUUUGGUUGUGUACAGUAGGCUACAGGAAGUAUUUGAAAACUAUUUUAAAUAUAUUUAGAUUUUUGAAUAGCUAUUAUUCGAUUCAAGGGCCAAAUCAAUUGCGACUAUUUCGAAUUGUGAUUACUUGAUUUGAGGACUGAAUCAAAUCAGAGAAUAUUCUAUUAAUUAUUCCAAAGUUUCGGAUAUUCGCACACCCCUGUCACCCUUCUUACUGUGAAUCUGCCCUGUUGCAUACUCGUAAUUGAUACACAGGUAACAUGAGGCCGUAAAAUGAAGUUUAAGCCACCACCAUGACAGGUUUCAAGCAUAUGCACUUUGAUAAGAGUCUUGGCAUUUUAAAUAAUUUUUUUCAUGUUAUUGCUAUAGUUAUAGUCUAUAUCAUUUAUCAAAUUUACAUAUGAAUGGAUGGCUUCCUGCUGCUUUUUUGCCGUUAGCUAAAUAUGUCUGGCUGAGUUUGUGCAUGUGAGGAAGGAAAUGUUUUCGUAGCGAACAAGACCUCAAUAGAAAGUUUGUGCAUGUGAUGAGAGUUCUGAUUUCUUUAGGGGAAGCUAGUUCAUAGUGUAGGAUUUCACAGGCAGGGUUGCCAACUCAAGGUACCAUUGGAAACAGACGCAGUUAGUUUUGGGAUAAUACAUUUAGUUAAUUUUGGGAUAAUACAGUUAGUUUUGGGAUAAUUUACCUUUACAAAUGCAUGCACCUAUGUAAGCACUUGGUUAUGACUUCAGAAAUAUGUUGCACAUAAUUCUACAUGCCUUGCAAGACUUAAGCCCUCGCAUCGGUGAAACAAUUCUGAAAUUGACGGAGAUGAUGUUACUAUAUAAUAAGUGUCAAAGUUCAGAUAUUCGUGUUAUUCUUGUAAAUAUUGUUUAUGGUUUCAUUUUCAUGAAUAGUUACUAUUGCUAAGUUUAAUGUGUGAGAUCAGUGGUCACUGUAUUUGAGCCACAUUUGUCAUGAUGUUCUCAAGUUUAUGGAAGAGCUUAUUAAAGAAAUAGCUGGGGGUGCUGCCAAGGGCCAAAUCCUUUGUUACUA